CGGCGGAAGUGUAGAAAUGGUCUCUCGGGAAGAUGGCAGCCUCGGUCCGGCCAAAAAUUGAUGGGCAGGUGCAGUGACCAGAAGGUAAGUCUCACAGCACGAGCGGCCGUUCGGAGGCUGAGGCACGAAGGAGCUGCUCGCCGAGCUCAGGGAGAGGUCGGAGGCACAGAUAAAGGUCUCUGGAGAGAUUGGAGAAAGGGCGGUUUCGGAGGGGGACGCUGAGCUCUAGACUCCAGGCCCUGUCCCCUGAGCUCUGCCCUCCUAUGUCCACCGUCCACAGCCUGCAUGCGCCGUGGGGCGCCCCAGGACCAGGAGCUGGUGGGCCCGGGGGCUCCUGGGCGGGGGUCCCGGGGCGCCCCUCCUCCCUCGGGACUUGUCCCGGUCCUCGUCUUUCCCCCGGACCUAGUAUUCAGGGCGGACCAGCGGAGCGGACCCCGGCAGCUGCUGACCCUCUAUAACCCCACGGGAGCUGCGCUUCGCUUCCGAGUCCUGUGCACAGCACCUGCCAAAUACACGGUGUUUGACGCAGAAGGAUAUGUGAAACCUCAAUCCUGCAUUGACAUUGUGAUUCGCCACGUGGCCCCCAUUCCCAGCCACUAUGACAUCCAGGACCGCUUCCGCAUUGAGCUGUCUGAGGAGGGAGCUGAGGGUCGAGUGGUGGGGCGCAAGGACAUCACCUCAGUUCUGAGGGCCCCAGCCUACCCCCUUGAGCUUCAGGGACAGCCUGACCCAACACCCCACCCAGGGCCUCCUUCCUGGACAGCACCACCCACGGCCAGACACUUCCCAGAGAACCGCCCCCCACAAGUGGCCACCAGCUCCUUCCUCCUCUUCUUGCUGACGGGCAUAGUCUCUGUGGCCUUCCUGCUGCUCCCGCUCCAGGACGAGCUUGGCAGCCAGCUGCCCCAAAUCCUGCACGUCUCCCUGGGACAGAAGUUGGUGGCAGCGUACAUCUUGGGACUCCUCACCAUGGUGUUCCUUCGGACCUGAGCUCCCUGCUCAACCUCCCCCCACCUCCUGGGGCAGGGACUUGGACGUGCACAUGAGAUAGCCACUCUGAUGCUCAUGCCUCGCCUCAAUUCCUCCUCCUCUUCUUCCUGCCCAUCCGCCCUCCCCCAGGCACCCAGGGAUUUGUAUUAAUUUUCCAAAUUGAAUAAAAUAAAUUUUUAAAAUUAAACUGAGAAAUGGAGGGAGCAGCCCCUUUCUUCCCACUUCUUUCCUCCAGUUCCUCCUCCCAGCUGCAGGGGACCCAGGAAUGAGGGGGCAGUCAAGGGGCCCAGUGAGGAUA